UCGGUACUGUAUUCUCUGGGGUAGUCGGUACUGUAUUCUCUGGGGUAGUCGGUAGUGUAUUUGGGGCAAACUUGUAUCUCGUGUUUCUUUCUUUUGGGGGUUUACAGAGGAGAGAGAACGAUACAGGGAGAGAGUGAAAAGUGUGGAUAAAAAGUUAUAGAAAAUUAGUAGAGAAAGAGAGAGAAUUAUAGCAGAACGGUGAGCCACACAGUAGUUAUUCCAUCCUUCCUGUAUUCAUCAUGUCUCUCCAUUCCACAACAAACAUGUGAGAAGUCUAACACAAUAACCCAACUGGCCUCACACAGCUACACAUAACUCACGGUCUUAUGGUCUUCAACCUCGGGAAUACAAGUUGGCUGUGUUAUGUUGUACACUCAACGAAACUGCUUUCUUUUUUCUCAUUCCUUUCUGCAUCUCAUUCUCUAACUCUCUCUCUCUCUUUUGCUUUUUCCCUCCUCUUUCUUUCUCUAUUUCCCUGUAGGGAGUUCGGAUGGAGGGAUCCAGAGUUACCUGAGGUGAUCCAGAUGCUGCAGCACCAGUUCCCUUCAGUCCAGUCCAAUGCUGCAGCCUACCUCCAACACCUCUGCUUCGGAGACAACAAGAUCAAAUCAGAGAUUCGUCGUCAAGGUGGGAUCCAGCUGCUGGUAGACUUGUUGGACCACCGUAUGAGCGAGGUUCACCGCAGUGCCUGUGGAGCCCUGAGGAACCUGGUCUACGGCAAGGCCAACGACGACAACAAGAUCACCCUGAAGAACUGUGGGGGCAUACCUGCCCUGGUCCGCCUGCUACGCAAGACUGGAGACGUGGAGAUAAGAGAACUGGUCACAGGUGUGUUGUGGAACCUGUCGUCAUGUGAUGCCCUGAAGAUGCCAAUCAUCCAGGAUGCCUUGGCCGUUCUGACCAAUAGUGUCAUCAUCCCUAACUCCUCCUCCUGGGACUCCUCCCACAAUCUCCAUGACGACCGCAAGCAACACACACACACUUCCCAGGUGCUUCGCAACGCCACUGGCUGUCUCAGGAAUGUGAGUUCUGCAGGAGAGGAGGCCAGGAGGAGGAUGAGAGAGUGUGACGGACUGACAGACGCUCUCCUCUACGUCAUACAGACCGCUUUGGGCAGCAACGACAUUGACAGCAAGACCAUAGAGAACUGUGUGUGUAUCCUGCGUAACCUGUCCUACCGACUGGCAGCGGAGACAUCUCAGGGCCAACCGCUGGGUUCAGAGGAGCUAGACGGUCUCCUGUGUGAUGCCAACGGACGUGACGGAGAGACCUCAGGCUGCUGGGGCAAGAAGAAGAAGAAGAAGAAGGGACAGGACCAGUGGGACGGUGUAGGUCCUCUCCCAGACUCAGCUGACCCACCUAAAGGAGUCCAGAUGUUAUGGCAUCCGUCCAUAGUGAAGCCCUACCUCACCCUGCUGUCAGAGUGCUCUAACCCUGAUACACUGGAGGGAGCAGCUGGAGCCCUGCAGAAUCUGGCUGCAGGCACCUGGAAGUGGUCAGUGUAUAUCCGGGCAGCUGUGCGUAAGGAGAAGGGUCUUCCUAUCCUGGUGGAAUUGUUGAGGAUAGACAAUGACCGUGUGGUGUGUGCCGUGGCCACCGCGCUCAGGAAUAUGGCCCUGGACGUCAGAAACAAAGAACUGAUAGGUAAAUACGCCAUGCGUGACCUUGUCCACCGGUUACCGGGCAGCAGCAAUAGCAGUACUGGGGGCAGUGGUGGGACUAACUGCGGUUCCGCGGGUCCACUAGCACCCAGUAAGACCAUGUCAGACGAUACGGUAACUGCUAUCUGCUGUGCUCUGCAUGAGGUCAUCACUAAGAACAUGGAGAAUGCCAAAGCACUGAGAGACGCCGGCGGGAUAGAGAAGCUCAUCGGCAUCGCUCGUAGCAAAGGAGACAAACACUCAGCCAAGGUGGUGAAGGCAGCCUCUCAGGUGCUCAGCAGUAUGUGGCAGUACAGAGACCUACGCAGCCUCUACAAGAAGCUCCCUGGGGUGGACCAUUACUACGUUCACACAGAAGAGUAA